AUGUGCUUUAAUGCCUAUAGGGAUGGAGUGGAAGGGAAGAAGGUUUUUAGUGUUGUAUUGGAUGAUGAGUUUGUUGAUGAUUCAGUUGCUUCAAAUGUCGAAUCCCAUCUCCAGAAAUGGAACUCCCACUGCGCAAACCAGAGCUUGUUUGUGGUACGAUAUGGAACUCAUUUACUUGAUCAGGUUAUUCAAGUGGGGCUGGAUGAACUUGACAAAAUCGUGGAGAAGUCAAUGAAUUGUUCUGAGAGCACGGAGGGCCUCACCUCUUCAGAAGUAAAAUAUGCAAACUACAACUAUGCAGCAUCAGGGAAAGACUGGAGCUGUGCACGUCGUAUUUGUGAUACCUUGGAGGAUUUUCAUCGGUAUAUGGACAUAAUGCACAAUUUUCCCUGUCCCGUGGACCUCUUUGAGAAGGUGUGGCAAGUCAAAUGUAAUUUGCAACGCAAAGUUGAUAACCCCAGGGAUGAUGCAUUUGCUACUGUGGUAAAGAAGAUGCAAGAGAAGUUCAAGAAAUGCUGGAAACUUUGUUGCUUACAUUUCUAUAUGGCCAUGAUCGUUGAUCCUUCAUAUCGUCUGGAAAACAUCAAACUUCAUGUUGACCUGCACACUGACACAGAUUAUAUUCGUUGUAUGGAUGAUAUAUUGCUCAGGCUCUUUGAUGAAUAUUCUGGCAAGGUGGAAGAUUCUAACUGUACUAAGGAGACUAGAAAUGAAAUCAAUGUGAGCAGAGAUGAUGAUCGGUUGAAAUAUUACCGUCGUUAUGGAUAUCCAAUUUGUGAGCGACCGAUGACUGAGCUUGAUCAGUACUUGCAAGAGCCAUGCCUCUCUGGAGGUGAGCGUGAUGUUCUUCACUGGUGGAAGGAACAUAACCUGACCUAUCCAACGGUUGCUCGGAUGGCACGUGACAUAUUGGCCAUGCCAUUGUUAGAUAUGUGUAUAGCGAUGUAG